AUGGCACUACUGACUGCUGCUGAGAUUUUUGAAAAAUCUCAUGAUAAAAGAUCAUCAGUAUACCUUACACAGAAAAGAUACACAGAAGCUGACGAAGUCAAUGGUCCAAAAGAUGCACAAAAUGAAAUAUCACAAUUCAGUGAAUCUACUCCUGCCUUAUCAAACUCAAAUAUAACUAGAAGUACCAAAAAUUAUCCAAUUCUUAUAAGAAUAACUGAUGGUAAUAGUGAUAAGUCUAAAAAGGUAAAAAUUUCAACAAAAGUUGAUAAUGAAAAUUUAAGUAAAUUUUGGAAAGAGUAUACCCAAGUUAUUAAAUCUGGUGCUACUGGAUUGAAAAAGAAAGACAAAAGUAAGAAAAGGAAGAAGAGUGCUAAAUAA